AUGCAGCUCAACUUGUUCUUCAAAACUUUGAAAUGUGUCACGAAACUGACUGACAAAGCUAAGGCAGCCCUGGAAGAUAAGCUUGAUGGUUCCUUCUCCAAGAAAAGGAAGACCAAUAUGACCAAUAUGAGUGGAGCAAGCAUGGCACCUGACAAUGCUAAAAAAGCCAAGACUACCCAACCAAGUGGAUCCACCACAAACAUAACACCUCCGAGUCCACCAAUGGCAGCCCAUCAAGCAGUGGUCCUUACUGAGGAGGAAGAGGAGGCGAUAUAUGAGAAUGCCAUUGUAAUUGAUUCAGACGAGAUCAAGGAGCCGAGAUCAUUGAGUCCUGAAAGUUCUGAAGUAGAGAGUGCCAAAGAUGAGCCAAUGCACAAGGAUGUAAAGCUACCAUCCAUUGGUUCCUGGAUAAAAAAGAUGCACAAUGUCAUGCAUGGCAUAUUCAGCCAACAGACUUUCUCUCAAGCCACCAAGCAUGUUUUAAGAAGGCUGAUUCAGCACACCCAAUGGCAUUGUUUUAAACAGGCUGACUCAACACACCAAAUGGCAUUAUUUGGCCUCCAAAAGGUAUAUAAGGAGCCCAAUUUUGCCAUGCAAUAA